UUCUAUUCUUUGUUAUUCUUGUCAAAAUAUAUAUUCUAUUGACAAAAAAUUUGAUGAAAGUGGAUGAAAGGAUGAAAUAUUGAGAUGUCGUUUUAAAAUUUUCAGAGAUGAAGAUAAAACUUCUUAAAUUAUAGACAAAAAUAGAGUAUCUACUAAUAAUACUAGAUAUAUUGGAUGGACGAAUACUCAAAACUUGCUUUGGCUUCCUUCUUUCAUGAUUUAUUUUGUAUUUUUAUUCUUCUCUAAAUGUCAUGAUUGUCAUCAUUGAAUCAGUUGGUUUCUUUGCUUAUUAUUUCUGUUAGAGAGGGAAGAGUGUUAGGAAAGCAAUGGGUUUGGCAGAUAACAGAUGGUCACUUAAGGGAAUGAGCGCUCUUGUAACUGGUGGAACAAAAGGAAUCGGGUAUGCUAUUGUGGAGGAGCUGGCCAAACUAGGCGCAAGAGUACAUACUUGUUCUCGAAAUGAAGCUGAGCUAAAUGGAUGCUUAAAGGCUUUGGAAGAUAAAGGGUUUGUGGUUUGUGGUUCAGUCUGUGAUGCAUCGUCUAAAGCCCAAAGAGAGAAGCUAAUGGAGUCUGUCUCCUCUGUAUUUAAUGUAAUGCUUAACAUCCUAGUGAAUAAUGUUGGGACCGCUAUAUGGAAACCAGCAAUUGAGUAUGAAAGUUCAAAAAACGUGUAUAAACACCUUUGAACGUUGUUGAAGGCUAAAAUUUCACAAAAAAG